AUGCGCCGGACUUCCGAUCCCACAGCGCCGCUGGCAAGUCCCGACUACUAUGAGAGUCUGUGCCGCCUCCAGCACGGGCUACGGGACAGUGAAAAGAAGAGACUGGAUCUAGAAAGAAAACUUUAUGAAUACAGUCAAUCUGAUACAUGCAGAGUUAAGCUGAAAUAUGUAAAAUUAAAGAAAUACCUGAAGGAAAUAUGUGAAUCGGAAAAGAAGGCUCAUACUCGAAACCGGAACUAUUUAAAGCAGUGUGAGCAUGUGCAAGCUCAUACUGCGCAUUUCACCACAAAUACAGAAAAGCUUAAAGAACUGAAGAUUGAAUAUGAAACUCAGAUCAAGAAAAUACAUCUACUCUCAAAAGAUAGCCUGGGAAUAAAAGGCGAACUGAAAGAUGAAGACAGUGGAAAGGUUGCAAUCCAAGCAGGAAUUAACUCCGGGAUAGCCUUGUCAAGAGGAUUAUAUCAGCCAGCAACAACCUUUAUGGGCCGCCAAAUGUCAGCCAUCUCAAACACUGGAGAUUUCAGCACAGAGCAGAAACCUCCCCAACCCACAAAGAACUUUUCAAUUCCUGUCCUGCAUUCAUGCCAACAGACAGCCCAGAGCAGCAAUGUGACAGACAGCUGUGUAGUACAAACUAAUAGUGACACACAGUGCUUAAAUAAGUGUGACAGAACAGAUGGAAAGACAUCUCUUCAGAUUGGUGAUGGAACGCCAGUCACAGCCAGUGUAUUGCCUGAGGAGGGAAAAACUCAUUGCUUGGAGAUAGGAAGUAACAUACAUCACAGCAAGAGUAAUUUGUCUGAAAGCAAAAAGUCUGCUGAACUUCAUUGCCUGUUACGAGAAAGAUUAAGUCCAGAGAACAGAACCACUGAUUUAAAGUGUGACAGUUCCAGCAGAUCAGAGGGAUCAGAGGAAGAAAUACUGACAGAGGAACAUAUUGAAGUCAAGGAAGAAGCAGCCGGACCGCCUGUCUCUCCGAUAUCAGUUUCAGAAUACUAUGCAUCUGAAAAUAAGUGUUCUCAAGAGAACCAUUCUGCUUGGGAAGGUUUCUUAGAUGGUCUUCCUCAUGGGGACUCAAAGUCACAGAGGCUUUUCGGAAGAAUGCAGGAGCAGGAAGAAGAAAGUUGGAGCAGCAGCAGUGAUCUCACAGUGUCUGUGAGUGAAGAUGAUCUGUUUUCAAAGAGUCCACCACCACAGACAAAGUCUUGUGACAAGAUGGAGGGAGAAGAUGGAAUAAAAGCCUUCAAAGUAAUCCAUUCUGGACAAGAGAAAGAUGCAUUAGUUGGCAAAAAAAAUAAUUAUACUUUGCAAAGCCUACGCUCUCCUGAUUCAGAAAAGGAAUCCUCUACUGACUCACCAACAAGAGAAUCUGAACGACCACCAUACUCAGACUUACUGAGUACACAAGUGGGUCAGCAUGUCACCACCUUAAAAGAACAAGAUGAUUCUCUCAGUAAAGAGGCAACAGCAUUAUUGAAAAAAGCCCAUAGAGAAGAGUGUGCGGAUAGGUCUAUUCACAGUGAUGAAUCAUCUUGCAGCUUGCCAUCUAUUCUGAAUGACAAUGGAGGAAUAAAGGAAGCCAAGCUCAGUCCAUGGCUCAAUAGUGUUCAUACAAGGGAACAAGAUGUUUCAAGCUGCUGCAAAGAGGAGAGCAAAGAAGGAAGUGUGGCAACAACGAUUCCAGUCACAGAAACAAAAGCUUACCAGCUGCUGAAGAAGUCUACUCUUCAGGAUAAUACACAUCAGACUAAAGAUAGAUUCCAAAAGGCGGACGCUCACUCUGUGUUUAUACUCAUCACAGGUUUGAAUAUUGGCAGCGGCACAUUCCAGACAAAGACAACUAACAAAAUCACUUUGGAAGGGAAUUUUUCAUCUAGCAAAGGAAGUCCUUUGUCAAGACAUGAAAGCCAAAGGAAACUAACUGCCAACUUAAACUCUAAAGCUUUCUGGGGUGAAUCUGAUGAUAGCAACUCAGAAAUUGAAGCAGUUUUAUGUCCUAGAAACCAUAACACAUCUACUGAUGAUUUUGAUGAUUUUUAUGACUAA